AAAAAAUAGUAGAAAAUGAACUGUAUAUCGGCUAAAUUCACGGCCUCUCUGCUUUUUGAUUGAUGCGUUUCUUCUAUUUUUCAGAAUUCCAGAUCGAACUGAAUACGACGUCGUAUCUGCUGACAAUCUAGGGUUUCUCGCGAGGAAAAAAGCGCUGGAACACAUUCACAGCACAAGAGUGAAGAUUUCAACACGACCCCCAUCAUCGCCGCCUCGCAUCCAUAACCCAGGAGCAAGAACAAGAACAAGAAAUUAAGACGACCCAGAUGGUCAAUUAGAGUAAAUAAUCUUUCCAUUUUCUUGAUUUUUUUUUUCUCUCAAUCUGAUUCUGGCGAAUAAACAGCAGUGAUGGAAGGAAGUUACGACCAAGGCGGUGGAGGCAGGUACUUCCAUAACCUCUUCCGACCGGAGAUUCAUCACCAGUUCCAGACGCAUCCUCAGAAUCUUCACCACCAUCAGAAUCAGCAGCAACCGGGUUCGGAUGAUUCGAGGGACUGCGACUCAAACAAGGACAGCCAUCCGGGUCGACCCGACUCCGACCCCGCAACAUCCAGCUCAGCACCGCCGAAGCGGCCACGUGGACGACCACCGGGGUCCAAGAACAAGCCCAAGACCCCCAUCAUAGUCACGCGAGACAGCCCAAAUUCCCUUAGAUCUCAUGUUCUUGAAGUCUCUUCCGGCGCCGACAUCAUCGAAAGCAUCUCCACCUACGCUGUCCGGAAAGGAAGAGGAAUCUCUGUCCUCGGCGGCAACGGAACCGUCGCCAACGUCACCAUCCGUCAGCCCACGACGGCUUCCGGUGGCGGCGGAGCCGGAGGAGUUGUCAGUUUACAUGGAAGAUUUGAGAUUCUUUCUCUGACGGGGACGGUUCUACCGCCGCCAGCACCGCCGGGAGCCGGAGGGCUGUCCAUAUUUCUCGCCGGAGGGCAAGGUCAGGUGGUCGGAGGGAGUGUGGUGGCACCGCUCGUGGCGUCAGGUCCGGUGAUACUAAUGGCGGCUUCGUUCUCGAACGCAGUAUUCGAUAGGCUUCCGGUAGGCGAAGAGGAUGAGGAGGAGGAGGGAGGAGGUGUGCAGCACGCACCGCCGCCGUCGACAUCUCCGCCGUCUGGGUUGACCACGGGAGGAGGAGGUCAUCAGGGGCAGUUAGGAGGUAAUGUGGGUGGUUAUGCGUUUUCCGGUGACCCUCAUUUGGUUGGAUGGGGCACUGGAAGCAUUUCACGACCACCCUUUUAAUCUUCAAUCGAAAUUUAAAUAUUUCCCGAAUUUUAUGUGCAUUAUUUCGUUUUCUUACCACUUUGACAUCUUCAUUAAUUUGGACCUUUUGUUUAUAUAUAUAUGUGCUGUUUCUGCCUGAAAUCCAUGUUGUCGAAU